AUGCGUUGCCGAGCUGCUGACGCCCACGUGAUUUAUGCUUGCUGGGCUCUUGACGGCAUUGCGCGGGCGAGUGAUUGCGGGAGCUUCGACAGAAGGCCUGCACCAGAGAGUCGAAGCCACUUCUCUCUUGCACUCUGCCAUCCUUUAGGAAAUCAUGGCCCGGGCCUGGCCAGGUGGGCGGCCCUGACCAGUUUGGCGCAGGCUGUAGCCUUUGAGCACAAGGGCCAUCGCUUCCAGGCGCAGCUCUACACUUGCCCACAGGUGCCGCUGCUGGCUGCAGAGGUCUUCGGCUUCUCCGGUGUUGUCAUGCCGGCUCCGACGAGCUCGACACCUUGGACCGCUCCUGCAAAGCCGCUGAAGGCCGCCGUCGCAGAAAACCGUGGGCUCUUCGCCGUUUACCUGCAGAGUGCUCUGCAGGUUCUGCGUGAGUUCACUGUUCGCGUGCAGUGCCUCGUCGCCUCAUCCUGGCGACGUGGACCCAAGGCCUUGACAGCCUGCCAGCUCCAGGUGCUGGAAGCAGACGUCGUAGAGCUUGCGCCUCUCAUGAGGAUUGCAGCAGCAGGACUUGCUGGCUGGAUCUGUCUGAGUCGCGACCUGGACGAGCGCGGCGUCGUGCAGCGAGAGGAGGCCCUGAGCAAGGUGAUCUACGAACUCUGUGGAUCUUUGCGAGCUUUGGAGCGAGUUAUGUCCCUGCGUGGCUUUGUGGACCUCAGCCAUGCUACGGCCUGUGCGCUCUCCGGCGCUCAAGAAGAG